AUGCCAGCCGCAGCAAGCAACAAACGCGUCAAAAACACGCGCGUCUCGCGUCCCUUCAUAAUCGGCUCGCAAGCCUGGAACCUCGACCCCACCACAACCCCCACCACCCCGAUCCCAGAGGGCCACACAAAAGGCUGGCGCGUCUACGUAAAAGCUCUCGACUCCGGCCCUUCCCUCGACACCUGGCUCAAAAAAGUCCAAUUCAAACUCCACAUGACCUACGCCGACCCCUCGCGCACAAUCGAAGCCCCUCCCUUUCAAAUCCAAGAAACAGGCUACGGAGAAUUCGAUAUCGAAAUGCGACUCUACUUUGACAGCAGCAGCGGAGAAAAAGCACAGUAUAGAAGUCAUAGACUGAGAUUGGAGCCGUAUGGCAGUGAAGAGCAGCAGAAAUUGCAGAGGGAUGCUAAUAUGGUGACAUCUGAGACGUGUGAGAUUGUAGAGUUUAACGAGCCGUCGCACGAGUUUUUCGCAAAGAUGACGGCUGAGGAUCAGUUUGCGCAUUUGCAGAAAAAGGGCGGUGGCGCCAAGGGUGGGAGAGGUGCGAAGGGGAGGGGCGCGAGGAUCGAGUAUGAAGGUGGCAGGGAACCCACUGCAAACCUGCCCGACAGAAGUUCGGAGGCUUUGCCUUGGAGCAGAGAGCUGGAGAAGAAGAUGUUGGACAUGUUGGGUACGGCGCAGACCGACAUGGAUGCUGAGAUUGAGAGGGAGAAAAAGAGAGCCGAGGAUAGGCAGAAGAGGUUGCAGGAGAUCGCUUGA